AUGGACCGCCCAAACAUCGCUGGUAACAACAACUGAGGACAGUUGCUUUGCUUAAUCGUUUCGUUCUGUUUAAAUACCUAAAUGGCAGUAAGAGGAAAAUAACUUAAUUAAUCUGCAGACCUAAUGGACUGUGGUUAUGCUUAUCUUUGGUAGCGGGACCGGAAGUGAUGGAAACGGUUUAACGAAAUCCGCAUCAGAAGAGAUCAAAGUCUGUGUGUCUAUGAAGAGUUGAUCAAUGGAUCCACCAAUAGAAACGAAGAGAUGGCCUGACCAAAAGUCGGUCAUAACCGAACCCGUCUGUAAAAAGAUGAAGAUUGAGCAGUCUGUGAAUCAACCACAAUAUUUGUGUCCUGAAUUCAGCUGUGACUCUAAACUUAAUGAAGUCCUGAACACAUUUAAAUCAAAUCUGAGAGAGAAGUUUAAAUGUUUGUAUCCAGGAAUAUCAAAGGAGAGAAACUCAACACUACUGAAUGAGAUCUACACAGAGCUCAACAUCACAGAGAUUAAAAGUGGAGAGGCAGAGGAGACACCAAUCAAAUUUAAUGACAUCUUUAAACCUUUACCUGAACAACACAAACACAUCAGAAGUAUACUGACAAAGGGAGUCCCUGGCAUUGGAAAAACAGUCUCUGUACAGAAGUUCAUUCUGGACUGGGCUGAAGAGAAACAGAAUCAGGACGUCCACCUCAUAUUUCCACUUUCUUUCGGAGAGAUCAAUUUGAUGAAGGACAAAACACUCAGUCUUUUAGAUCUUCUUCAUCUUUUCUUCCCAGAGACAAAAGAAAUGGAAAUCUUCAGUGAUAAAUGUAAAGUGUUGUUCAUCUUUGAUGGUUUGGAUGAGUGUCGUCUGUCUCUGGAUUUUCACAGCAGUGUGAGGUUGUGUGAUGUAAAUGAAUCAACCUCAGUGGACGUGAUGCUGACAAACCUCAUCAAGGGGAAUCUGUGUCCGUCUUCUCUCAUCUGGAUCACCUCCAGACCAGCAGCAGCUGAUCUCAUCCCCUCUGAGUGUGUUGAUCGAGUCACAGAGAUACGAGGCUUCAGUGAUCCACAGAAGGAGGAAUACUUCAGGAAGAGAAUCAGUGAUGAAAGUCUGUCUGAUCAAAUCAUCUCACACCUGAAGUCAUCCAGGAGUCUCUACUUCAUGUGUCACAUCCCAGUGUUCUGCUGGAUUUCAGGCACUGUUCUAGAGAGAAUAUUGAGUGAAGCAAAGAGUCAAGAGAUCCCCAAGACUCUAACACAAAUGUACACACACUUCUUGAUCCUUCAGACAAACAUAAAAAAUCAGAAGGACUAUCAGAAGAAUAAAGACAUGAUCUUCAAACUGUGUAAACUGGCUUUUGAGCAUCUUUUGAAAGGCAAUCUGAUCUUCUGUGAUGAAGACCUGAUAGAGUGUGGCAUUGAUGUAUCAGAAGCAUCAGUGUACUCAGGAUUGCGUACUCAGAUCUUCAGAGAGGAGUUUGGUUUGUGUCAGAGGAAAGUUUACAGCUUUGUUCAUCUGAGCAUUCAGGAACAUCUAGCAGCUCUACAUGUGCACCUCUCUUUUAUGAACAAAAACCUAAAUGUGUUUGAUCAAAUUAAACCGAUUCAAAUACAUACAUUUUCAAUACAUGAUCUGUAUAAGAGAGCUAUAGAUGAGGCUCUACAGAGUAAAAAUGGACAUCUGGAUCUUUUCCUUCGUUUUCUUAUGGGUUUGUCACUGAAGUCAAAUCAGAAUCUCAUACAUGAUCUGAAGAUACAGAUAGGUUACAGCCCUCAUAGCAAUAAGAAAACAAUCCUAUGCAUCAAGAAUGUAAUCAAUAGCAUUCCAUCUCCAGAGAAUUCCAUCAAUCUGUUUCACUGUCUAAAUGAACUGGGUAAUUUUUCACUAAUGACAGAAUUCCGAAAUUAUAUGAUUAAUGCAUUAAGUAAAGUCACACUCUCUUCAUCUCAGUGGUCAGCUUUAGUUUUGGCAAUUCAAGAAUCCGGAUCAUUUCAGUUGACGAGUUGUAAUCUUACAGCUGAAGCUUGUGUUGCUCUGACUUCAGCUCUGAGAUUAAACCCAUCACACAUGACACAUCUGAAUCUGUCUAAUAAUAAUCUUGGAGAUUCAGUAGUGAAGCUGCUCUCUGAUAUACUGAAGAAUCCUUACUGUAAACUGCAGAUACUGAAGUUGAAGACAUGUAACAUCACAGAUGAAGGUUGUGUUGCUCUGUCUUCAGCUCUGAAAUCAAACCCAUCACACCUUAGAGAUCUGAAUCUGACUGAAAAUAAUCUUGGAGAUUCAGGAAUGGAGCAUCUCUCUGCUGUACUUGAGAAUCCUCAAUGUAAACUGGAGAACCUCUGGUUGAAGAAUUGUAAUAUCACAGAUGAAGGUUGGGUUGCACUGUCUUCAGCUCUGACAUCAAACCCAUCACAUCUGAGAGAUCUGAAUUUGUCUGAUAAUGAUCUAGGAGUUUUAGGAGCGAAGCUGAUCUCUGCUGUACUGGAGAAUCCUCAGUGUAAACUGGUGAUGCUAAAGUUGAUUAAUUGCAAUAUUACACCUGAAGCUUGUGCUGCUCUGUCUUCAGCUCUGAGAUCAAACCCAUCACACCUGAGACAUCUGAGUCUGAUUGAGAAUAAUCUUGGAGAUUUAGGAAUGGAGCAUCUCUCUGCUGUACUGGAGCAUUCACUGUGUAAACUGGAGAAACUCUGGUUAAGAAGUUGUAAUGUCACAGAUGAAGGUUGUGUUGCUCUGUCUUCAGCCUUGACAUCAAACCCUUCACACCUGAGAGGACUGAUUCUGGCUAAUAAUAAAUUUGGAGAUUUAGGAGUGAAGCUGUUGUCUGCUGCACUGGAGAAUCCUCAGUGUAAACUGGAGAUACUCAAGUUGUGUGAGUGUAAUAUCACAGUUGAAGGUUGUGCUGCUCUGUCUUCAGCUCUGACAUCAAACCCAUCACACCUGAGAAAUCUGAGUCUGUCUUUUAAUGAUCUUGGAGAUUCAGGAGUGAAACUGAUCUCUGAUGUACUGAAGAAUCCUGACUGUAACCUGGAGCUAUUGUGGUUGACUGACUGUAAUAUCACAGAUGAAGGUUGUUUUUCUCUGACUUCAGCUCUGAGAUCAAACCCAUCACACCUGAGAGAACUGUAUCUGACUGGAAAUAGUCUGGGAGAUUUAGGAGUGAAGUUAAUCUGUGAUGUGGCCAAUGAUCCAAAAAACAAACUGAAGAAACUACGCUAUUCAGUGUUGGAUGAAUCUUCUGCUGAUGUUGUAACAGAGGAAGAGAAACUUGAGUCAACACAAGCAACAGAGACUUGAAGAAAUCUGUGUGUGUGUGACAUAACAGUAAUAAACAUUAAAAUUACAUUAAUUCUGCUACAGUUCUGUGUGUCAUCUGCUAUUCGUGAGCCCAAAUCACUUCCAUAGUAGAAAAAUAAUACAAUGGAAGUGAAUGGGGCUCGCGAAUGGUUUUGUUAUGAACAUUCUUCAAAAUAUUUUCCUUUGUGUUCAUCAGAACAAAGAAAUGUAUGCUUUGUAACAACAUGAGAGUGUGUUCAUGAUGACAGAAUUUUCAUUUUUGGAUGAACAAUCGCUUAAUAAUAUCCAUUUAAUAAUAGAUUUAGUGUAAAAUAUGUGCUUUGUUUUUUGUCAGCAAAAAUAUUCAUGUGUUAAUUUUUUUGAUUUUCAGCCUUAACUUUAAAAGCCUUGAAUUCUGAGACUAAAAAUAAGUUUGAAUUCUGAUGGCUGUUAUGCUUGUCAUGUAUAUAUUGCUGCUUUUAAUGAAAAAAAAAAGGAUAAAAUAUAUACUAUAUUGUAUAGUGUCUGUGUAUUGUUAACAAAGAUUAUACCACGG